AUGGCCGUUGCGGACGCCGCUACCGCGCCGGACCAGCCAGCGCAGCAACACGAAGGGAAGAAACCACACAAAACGUCAAAUCGCAAGCGCAAGGCCAAUAUCAAGGAUGAGGCAGCUGAAGAUGAAGUCCAGAUAGUCGACGUGAAGCCUAGGAAGAAGGCUAAGAAUGCUGCAAUUGACCUGACAGAUGACAUGCAAGAUGAAAUCCACAAUGUGCCACUUCCGCAGAGGAAGAAGAAGAAGAAGCCGAAGGCGAGGAUGAGCAAGGCUAAAGUUGACGACGAGCUCAAUGAAGCUCCGGAGGUUAGGUCGAUGUCAGAGGGUGAUGGCAAGACGGCUGACGGCGGAUUAACCUCUGCGGGGAGUGACGUUACAGAUCAUUCCGCACCGCCCGAGAAGGAGGUCGAACCGGCCGACAAGGACGAGGAGAAGCGCUUGCGCCGUUUUCGGGCGAAGCCCCCGCAGUCCUAUGAAGCUAUCAAGCAACGAGCGCUGACACAACGCAUGUUCGUUAUUGAUCGCAGAAGGGGCGGCACCGACGAGUGUCCUACUGAGACCGUCAAGAUGGUCGGCUCCACAGGCAAUGUCUACACCGUCAAAGUCAACAAAACGCCAAGCUGCAACUGCCCUCACGCGAAGAAGGGGAAUCAGUGCAAGCACCUUAUUUACAUCAUGAGCCGCGUCCUCCACGCGCCCCCUAACCUCGAAUAUCAGCUCGCCCUACUUCGAUCUGAGCUCCGCGAGAUCUUCGCCAAGGCGCCACCAAUCCCCUCCGCCGACGCCGCAACCGAAUCAAGCAACCGCAAGCCCCUGGAAGACGACUGUCCGAUCUGCUGCAUGGAGUUCAGGCCCGAAGAAGAGAAGAUCGUCUACUGCAAGGCUGCUUGUGGCAACAAUAUCCACGAGGUCUGCUUUAGCCAGUGGGAGGCUUCAAAGAACGGCGGUACGGUCACCUGUCCGUUCUGUCGGAUGCCAUGGCAGGGUGAGGACGUAUCGGUCCAGUCUGUCGCCGAGAAGGGAGAGGUCAAUUAUGAGGGUUAUGCUAAUGUUGCGGAGCAGUUAGGGCUCUCAGGUGUUCGAGAUCACUCAACCUAUCAUCCAUUCUGGGUCCGCCGUGAGGGCCGUACUGGUAGGUUGCCACGCUACGAGGGUUACGACCGUUACUAG